GGCUCAAAUCCAAUACCUAAUCCGGGCAACGCUGUUGCGCGAUUUGCAAGGUCGUUUCGUUUGUGCAGACGGAAAUGUCGUAGAAACUCGAAAUUCAGUGUUAUCAGAGAGUUAUCAGUCCUUGCACCGGGUUGCGUGAUGAUGGCACGGUUUCUCUUUGGCAUGAAUUUGGGUUACAAUAUAGUUGGUGUGAUCGGCGGGGUCUAGCGGUUGAUGCUCCAACGACGCACUCAUGACGACCAUCCCCGGUAUGUCGGAUAAUGGAGACUCGUCCUCGAACUUCUUAUCCUUCUUCAAACACGUGAAAUACGAGUAUUUGGUCGCCGGUGUGUCAGGUGGAGUAGCCUCAACACUUGCAGUGCAUCCGUUUGAUCUGCUCAAAAUCCGCCUUGCCGUGAACGACGGUGUGCUUUCUAGUCGCCCACAAUACCGUGGUUUUCUACACGCCGUGAGGACAAUCUUCAAAGAAGAGGGCCUCGUAGGCUUCUACCGAGGCAUCAGCCCAAACUGCUUUGGAGCAGGAGCCUCGUGGGGUUUCUACUUUUAUUUUUACAAUGCAAUUAAGUCACAAAUGGCAUCACGAUCGGCAUCUCCAACGUUAGGGCCCAAUCAGCACAUGCUGGCCGCUGCCGAAGCCGGGGUGCUCACCCUCACAAUGACGAACCCCAUUUGGGUGAUAAAGACGAGGAUGUGCCUGCAGUACAGCAAUGAGCCGCGUCGGUACCCAAGCAUGGCGCAAGCUUUCAUGAAAAUCUUCAAGCAAGAAGGCAUAGCCGGUCUGUACAAAGGAUUUGUGCCAGGCAUAUUCGGUGUGUCGCACGGAGCGCUGCAGUUUAUGGCUUACGAAGAAAUGAAACAGUACCAUGCCAAAUAUUACAAUGACGUUGGGAUGCAAAAAAUGGGCACGUUAGAGUACCUCGCCUUCGCAGCAGUGUCGAAGUUGUUCGCAACGACAGCUACUUAUCCUUACCAAGUUAUUAGAGCUAGGUUGCAGGAUCAGCAUAGUCACUACAACGGCAUUUGGAAUUGCAUAGCAAAGACGUGGAAAUACGAGGGCUACAGGGGCUUUUACAAAGGCCUCGUGCCCAAUCUGUUGAGGGUGACACCGGCGACGGCCAUCACGUUUGUAGUGUACGAAAAUAUUGCAAAGUUCCUAUUAAAGUAGUAGAGAGAGA